GUACUGUAGAUACAGAGGCUUCGAUUACAAACUCUGGUGAGUGAAUCUACCAACAUCCAUAGUACCUGCCCCUACAACACCUGUCCUUACAGUACCUGCCCCUACAACACCUGUCCUUACAGCACCUGCCAGCCUACUCCCAUAGUUUCAGUCACCUGGUCUCCGGCGGCCCAGUAUGGAAAAGUCUUCCUUGGACGAACCCAACGCCGCCUCGCCUCUAGUGGACCAACCUCCGCCGUACAGCGCGGAGGCUCCAGCUGGUCCGCAAACCACAGUGUACCAGUCGGCCCCGAUAACAGGCCAGCCGGCUCCGAUGACAGGCCAGUCGGCCACUGUGACGAUCCAGCCGGCCCCGAUCUUCGUGCAGCCGGCCAACACCAGCAAUGUUGUGGUGGUGGCUGCUACAGCCUGCCCUGCCUGCCGGGCGGGAGUGUUGCAGAGUGAGUUUACCUUGUGUGGUAUCUGCCUGGGUAUUUGGUUCUUCCCUCUGGGCCUCAUAUGUUGCUUCCUUAUGAGGGAAACCCGCUGCUCUAACUGCCGGGCUAGCUACUCCUAGAGGACUACAUGCUGCUUCGACGACGUCACCUGCUCCCAAGUGCUAGGAUGUCACCCACUUUAACAUUAUUAACCUUGUAUCCUCUUAGGAUAGAGCUCACAUAUUUAUCGCUUUGGAUGCUUCUCUCUGCGACACCUGCCAUAAUUAACCGGUAUCCUCAUAGGAUGCAAAUCACAUUCACAUCCUAGGAUGUCAUCUGCUCCUGAAGCAUUAUAAUUUUCCAGGCUGAGCAUGUCAUGAAGUCACCAUCUGUUUCAUGACCACCGUCCGCUCCUUGUUCACAUGUUCCUGGAACACAAGUACCGUCUUACGUGAAGUUAGCGAUGUGUGUACCAGGAAGAACCUGGUCCACACAUUACCUCUUAUUGUGAUGCAGACUCCCUGAGUUAUUGUGUCGGCUUAUAAUACCUUUAUUGCUACAAGGUAUACAGGUUAUAGCUGACAUCAGUGACAUACUACUAUAUAGAAAGCCGCUUGUUAUGCUGAGCAUCUCGGGCAAAUUAGGUCAAUUUUGUCCCAGGAUGCGACCCACACCAGUCAAUUAACACCCGAGUACACAUUUUAUAUGGAUGGGUGAACAUAGGCAACCGAUAUAAGGAAACACGCCCAAUGUUUCUACCCUCGCUGGGUAUCGAAUCUGGACACUUACCGUGUGAAGCGAGAGCUUUUGCCACCAGGCCACGGGGCACAUAGUUGCACUUGUGUUCUUUUACCUAACAUAUUAUCGAUAAUUCUACCAACAUUAAUAUAGUUAUUUAUAGUAUUUUCUCUUCUAUAAAAAACUGGGAGUCACAGAAGCAUCUGACGUCAUAUAGAGACAUAUAGCGUAGUACAUAGCGGUUUUAAGAUAUAAUACUCAAAUUCAUUAUACAAAUAACCAUCACAUAUGAGACUGAAACGUAUGACGAUGUUUCGGUCCGACCUGGAACAUUAAUUAGUCGUAGUAUUGUGCCUGUUUGUUCUGUAAUCAGAUUCUUGGUUGGGUAUGCGAGUAUGAGGGACAUGAUAGACAUGUGGAACAUGGAAGAUAAGAUAUGUGGCGAAUACGAGAUAUGACGAUACAAGCAGGAUGAGGACGAGUAAGUAACGUCAAUACGUCACUAGGAAAGGGCUAAUGACGGGUGAGUAACGUCAGUAUCGUCACCAGGAAAGAGCUCAGGACGAGUGAGUUUUUGUCUCUGUUGUCUCCCUUCGCUGUUGUCACACACCACAACAAGACCCCAUAAUACCCCACCUUCAAGUGUAUAAUGAAGAUAAGUCACACCUGGUCAGCUUGGGUCAUCCUGGCAUACUAACUCUCCCAGUAAAUAACCUCGAUAAUCUCUUCUACGUUGUAAUUAGUGUUGCCUCCCACAUACUCUGAUACUGAGUUACUCUGUAUCAGAGUAGCUCUGAUACAGAGUUUGCAGGUUCGAGUCCUGCUGUGGACAUAGAGACAAUGUUUGUAAAUAAUUUCGCCUGUUUGCGAAUUGUUAAGCAGGUGAAUAUGUAUAUAAUUCCGAAUGGUUAUAUUCAUAACUAUAAUUUUAAAGGGGGUGGACGGGUAAGCCAGUGGAAGGUCCCGGUCAGAAGACCAAACGCACCAGCUGUGGGUCAUCAUAUGACUAAGACCUGCGCCAGGAAACACUUGUUCUGUUUCCUGGCAAAUUUUCCCUAACCAAAGGCAGAGGCGAAGCUCACACGUUCACUGUGGUGGUUCCUUCUUACAAGGUUAUUAUCUGUUCUUCUGACUUAUCAGCUUGUUCGUGUAUGUGUCCUGGUUCCCGUCAUUCUAUUUUGAAACUGUUGUAGCAUAUAACAGAGUAGGUCGCUGCCUUGUGUUAUGAUCUAAAGAACUAUUAUCAGUGAUAAUAUCUGCAGAACUAUUAUCAGUGAUAAUAUCUACAGAACUAUUAUCAGUUAUAAUAUCUACAGAACUAUUAUCAGUGAUAAUAUCUACAGAACUAUUAUCAGUGAUAAUAUCUACAGAACUAUUAUCAGUGAUAAUAUCUACAGAACUAUUAUCAGUUAUAAUAUCUACAGAACUAUUAUCAGUUAUAAUAUCUGCGACACAAACAUGAAGUAAGAAUAUCGUAUUAUUCAGGAGAUUAUAAGAAAACUAUUCUUGGUUAUCAAUAUAUAUAUAUAUUUAGGAAUUACAUAAAUAUAAUAAAUAUUAUUCAACAAAAUAAAACAAGUGAAUAUUGAAA